AUGUAUGGGAGCAUGCAUGACAACAUGUAUGGGAGCAUGCAUGACAGCAUGUAUGGGAGCAUGCAUGAGAGCAUGUAUGGGAGCAUGCAUGACAGUAUGUAUGGGAGCAUGCAUGAGAGCAUGUAUGGGAGCAUGCAUGAGAGCAUGUAUGGCAGCAUGUAUGGGAGCAUGCAUGAGAGCAUGUAUGGGAGCAUGCAUGACAGCAUGUAUGGGACCAUGCAUGACAGCAUGUAUAGGAGCAUGCAUGAGAGCAUGUAUGGGAGCAUGCAUGACAGCAUGUAUGGGAGCAUGCAUGACAGCAUGUAUAAUAGCAUGCAUGACAGCAUGUAUGGGAGCAUGCAUGACAGCAUGUAUAAGAGCAUGCAUGACAGCAUGUAUGGGAGCAUGCAUGACAGCAUGUAUAAGAGCAUGCAUGACAGCAUGUAUGGGAGCAUGCAUGAAAGCAUGUAUAAGAGCAUGUAUAAGAGCACAUUAUGA